CACUGAGACAAACCCAUCUUUGUUCUUUCGUAUAUAGUGCUUGUUCUUGAAGUCAGACUUCUAUUCAUCCCUGAGAGAUAUCUUCAUAAGAUAUACAAGAAAGGACUCAAAAAAGAGAUUUUUCUUGUUUUUUCAAACAAAUUGAAGUUGGAGGGGGAUCUGGGACUCUAUGGGACUAUCACUUUCCUUAUUCACAUCAGCUUGGAAAGAAAUUUUUGAACAUUCACUCUUUGGUCUGUCUUUCAACAUUAGUUUUGGUUCAAAAGAUGGGGCUGUGAUUUUGAGAGCAGAAAGCUUCCAUAAAAGAGAGUCAGAAACUAGUACUGUAUUGUCAAAUGGUUCCACAAACAGUUCAAGCAGGUUGGAGGAUAACAGACCCCAACAAGUGAUUCUUGAAAGAAACCUUUCUUGCCUUGAACAUAUGAAGAUCAUGGAUUCGGAAUCUGUUGCAAGCAGAAGUGAACAAGUGCAGCAUAAGCCAGCAGUGCCUGUGCUUUCUCUCCCUGAAGCAGUGGUUUUCUCUUCCCCAAGACCAGUUAGUGAGCUUGAUGCUGCAGCAACUAAACUUCAGAAAGUCUACAAGAGUUACCGUACUCGAAGAACCCUUGCAGAUUGUGCUGUUGUGGUGGAGGAGCUCUGGUGGAAGGCAUUAGACUUUGCUGCUCUUAAAAGGAGUUCUGUUUCAUUCUUUGAUGUUCAGAAACAAGAAACCGCUGUGUCAAGGUGGGCAAGGGCAAGGACAAGAGCAGCUAAGGUUGGGAAAGGUUUGUCCAAGGAUGACAAGGCUCAAAAAUUAGCUCUCCAACAUUGGCUCGAAGCUAUUGACCCACGUCAUCGAUAUGGACACAAUUUGCACUUGUAUUAUGAUAUUUGGUUUGAAAGCCAAAGCUGCCAACCAUUUUUCUACUGGUUGGAUGUUGGAGAUGGUAAAGAAUUAAAUCUAGAGAAAUGCCCAAGAGCUACCCUACAACGCCAGUGCAUUAAAUAUCUUGGACCAAAAGAAAGGGAAGAAUAUGAAGUAAUUGUUGAAAACGGCAAACUUGUCUACAGUCAGGAUGGAAGACUUGUGCAUACUGAUGGAAAGUCCAAAUGGAUAUUUGUUCUUAGCACCACAAGGGCCUUGUAUGUGGGGCAGAAGCAAAAGGGCGCAUUUCAACACUCUAGCUUUCUAGCUGGGGCUGCAACGACAGCUGCUGGCAGAUUAGUGGCUCAGCAGGGUGUACUUGAGGCUAUUUGGCCAUAUAGUGGACACUAUCACCCAACAGAAGAGAACUUCAAAGAAUUUAUUAGCUUCCUUGAGGAGCACAAUGUAGACCUCUCUAAUGUCAAGAGAUGUGCUAUAGAUGAUGAUGCUCCUUCAAUUGUUGGGACCAAUUCAUUUAUUGACAUUAAUGAAGCACAACAAAUAAAGGGACCUACAACUUCCCAAUCAGCUUCCAAUAAUGUCAACAAGAAUGCAACAGUUCAUGAAGAGGUUGGGGCCAAGAAGGGUGAAGCCCAAGUAUUUGACAUGUCCAAGAGGUUAUCAUGCAAGUGGUCCACUGGGGCAGGACCCCGUAUUGGGUGUGUCCGUGACUAUCCUGAACACCUUCAAUCAAGAGCUUUGGAGCAAGUUAAGUUGUCUCCAAGGCCAGCUUCUGCAAGAGCAUGCAGCUAUGGUCCAAUCCCUUCACCAAGGCCAAGCCCAAAAGUUAGGAUUUCUCCUAGGCUUGCAUACAUGGGGUUACCAAGCCCAAGAACCUCAAUUGCUGCUUCAAGUUGAGGCAAGUAAAGUAUGGAAAACCACUUAGUGACAAAAAAAUGUGUGGCUAAUGGUGACAUUUCAGCUGAGGACAGUUCUUGUGGCGGCAACAAUAUAGAUUAUGAGACUAGAGACACUAACUCAAUCCCUCUCUUGUAUUUGUUUUGGUUUAACAAUUUGUUUAUUCUUUUAGGAAUUUGGAUGCCUUUGGCUUCCGUGAGGCAUAUUGUAAUGCUUCAACCAAUUUGCAUAUCUAGCUUUUUUUGGGAAGGCGAUUCAGUUAAUUCUUUAUUGUAAAUAGAGUUCUAAAUUUGUAAUCAAAUGUAUCCAAAAAAUAAUUCUAAUCAAACUUGAU